AUGUUACAUGAACAAAACAAAUCAGAAUCGCAAUUCAGAAGGCAAAUAGUCGAAAAACGCACUGAUCAUGAAGUAACAGAAACUACGACUGCCAUGAAGGAAGCACCAAAAAUAUCAGCGGCAGUUGCGGCAAUGAGAGCAUUUGCGGAACAAACGAGUACAUUGGGUCUUGAAGGAUUGCGGAAUAGCUUUUGCAAAUUACAAGCACGUGGACCACAUCCACAUAAUUUAACAUCUAAUGCCCAAAAAAUGAAUCGAACCAAAUGCCGAUACCACGACAUUAUGUGCUUGGAUAACACUCGUGUGCUCCUUAAACCGUGGCCAGAAUGUCAAGGUGAUUUCAUACAUGCGAAUUGGAUUAACAAUGAACUUCUUGAUUAUCCCUUCAUCUGUACACAAGGACCAUUGAAUCAAACUUGUGGUGAUUUUUGGCGUAUGAUUUGGCAAGAAAAUGUUGAAUUAAUAAUAAUGCUUUGUCGCACGCUUGAAGAAAAUCGUAGCAAAUGCGCCCAAUAUUGGCCAAUAAAUCAAGGCCAAAUGCUUACAUUUUGUGGGAUUACAAUUCGAGCUGUUGAAAAACGAACAAGUGAUCCGGACGUGCACUGUACUGCGUUGUUGUUAACAUAUCGUGGUGCACGACGUCCUCUUGCUCAUUAUCAGUGGGUAUCUUGGCCUGAUAAAUUUGUCCCUAGUCAAUUAACAGUGCCGUAUACAUUACUUAGCUCAGCUCGAGCCCGAAAAACACCUACUGUUAUACACUGUUCAGCUGGAAUUGGACGCACGGGUACAUUGGUGGUGCUCGAAUUACUUUCUAGGCAAGUUUAA